AGCAUUGUCAGAAUGAAGAGAACUGCCUCCCACUCCAUGGCUGCCUCUUCCUCCCUCUUGCCGUUGCUGCUCCUCGCCGCCACCCUCGUCGUCGCCAAGCCCUCCUCCUCCCCUGUCGCCGCCCCCUCCGCUGGUCCGCUCAACAUCACCGACAUCCUGGUCAACGCGACCCGCCAUCGCACGUUCGCGCGGCUGCUUCGCGAGACGCAGGUGGAUCUGCAGGUGGACAAGGAGCUCGGCGACGACGACACCGGCAACACCUUCACCGUGCUGGCCCCUUCGGAUGCCGCCUUCCUCGGCCUCCGCUCCGGCGUCCUCAACGCGCUCUCCCAGCAGGACCAGGAAGAGCUGGUGCUCUACCACCUCCUGCCCCAUUACUACUCCCUGCCCAUGUUCGUCACCGCCAGCAACCCUGUCCGCACCCAGGCCUCCGGCAACCACGGCGCCUACACCCUCAACGUCACCACCGACAACGACAUGCGCGUCAACGUCUCCACCGGCGUCGUGAGGACGCCCAUCGCCGGAAGCCUCUUCGACGACGGCGAGAAGCUCGCGGUGUACACGCUCGAGAAGGUGCUGCUGCCCUACGACCUCUUCGGGCCGAGAUCCCCGGCGUCCUCGAAGCCGGACUCCAAGGUCCCGUCCGCGCAGUCGGCCGCCGACGUGGCGCCGGCAGCGGGAGAGAACAUAGUGGCCGCGGCCGGGUUGCGCGCGUGUCGGAGGAACUUGAUGGCGGCGUUCGGCGCUCUUGCGAUUGCAAUCCACUGCUUCGCCUCCAUCAAUUGAUUGGUUACUUAAAUCUUAAUUAUUAUUGUUCUUUGCUAUGUAUAAUCAAUCAUUUGCCACUUGUGAUGUAUUGAUUUGUUACUUAAAUCUUUAA